AUGACUUCACAGCUGCCAAGGUACUUAGUAAGAACACAUCAACUUCAAACCCCGACCCCCGCAGUCAAAACACUAUCUUUGGCUGGGAUCUUUGUAGCCAACCCGAGGGCUUCACCCUUCCAAGAACACAUUCUGAAGAAAAUGCAGAGUGUCAGCAAAAUGUGGGAAAGGUACUGCCUGCGUCCCACGCAGGGCACCGUCUCCACCACCAUCCCCAUCUUCAUCUAUGGCACAGCCUGGAAAAAAGACCGCAGUGCAGAUCUAGUGUACAAUGCAAUCAAUGCAGGCUUUAGAGCUGUGGACACCGCGGCCCAACCCCGACACUAUCAGGAGCAUCUGGUUGGCGACGGCAUCCGCAGAGCCAUUGCCGAUGGGAUCGUCGGACGAAAGGACUUAUAUGUUCAAACUAAAUUUAGUCCCAUCUCGGCACAGGACCCUGACAACAUGCCAUAUGAUGCUUCUGCGCCGGUGACGGAACAGGUCCAUGCAUCGAUCAAGUCGUCCUUGCAGAAUCUCCGUUCAGCAGAGGACCCCAAUUCUGUGGACGAGUCGUACAUCGACACUGUGGUGAUUCACUCACCACUUUCAACUCUUGCGCAGACACUUGAGGCCUGGCACGCGCUGGAAACUUAUGUCCCCCACCGCAUCCGCAAUCUAGGAAUUUCCAAUUGUACUCUGCCGAUGUUGAGGGAGCUUUGCACAUCCAGCCAAACUACCGUGAAGCCAUCGGUGGUUCAGAACAGGUUCCACGAAGACACCUUGUUUGAUGUUCCUCUCCGAGCAUUCUGUCGUGAGAACCAGGUCAUCUACCAGAGCUUCUGGACCUUGACAGCAAACCCAGACCUUGUGCGAUCCAGCCCCGUGCAGCAGCUGGCUCGUCACGUUGGGAUCAGUCCCGCAGCAGCCUUUUACACUUUGGUCAUGGGCCUGAAAGAUGUUACCGUGCUGAACGGAACCAAGAAUGAUGGACGUAUGAAGGAGGAUCUGGCUGCUCCAAAGCAAGUUGAAGCGUUUACACAAGAGCAACCCGAAGCAUGGCAAAAGAUCCUGGGUGAAUUCCGGGACUUGGUCGGUGACUCUGCUUUAUGA